UUUUUUUCAUUUUUCUUCACUCUUUGCCUUUCUCACCUUUUUGAUUCUUUCCCUUAUUCACAUUGACAAUCACCAUACCAUCAUACACCAUCAUGGAAGAAGAUCCUUUUGUUAUAGUAGAGAAUCAAGUCAAGGAAUCUUUAGUGAAUGCUGAUAAUUUAUACUCAUCUUGGAAACGAAUACGACAAACAGUCAAAUCACCACAAAAUCAAGAAUUAUUAUGGACAGCAGAUGAACUCGAGUCAUGUUUAGAAGCUAUUGAACAGGACCUUGAUGAUUUGGAUGAAGCUCUAGCCGCUGCCAAGCUAAACCCUCAACAAUUCCACCUUUCUGCCAAUGACUUGAAUACCCGCCAACUCUUUCUUAUACAAUCUCGAAAUACAAUCCAAUCAAUACGAAAUACAAUGGCCAAUCCUUCUCCAAAAUAUGAUGAUUCAAAGUCUUCUUCUCCUAGUCAAUCUGACACUUUUACACCCUACCGAUCAGAACAAGACAAUAGUCGAUUUAUUGAAAAUGAACAACAACAACAACAGGUGAUGUUUCAAGAACAAGAUCAUCAUUUAGAUUCCAUGGCUGGUACUUUGGUGAAUCUUAAAGAUAUUGCUGGGACAAUGAAUAGAGAAAUUGAUGAUCAUGUUAUUCUUUUGGAUGAACUUGGUGAUAAUGUGGAUAGAACAGAAGGACGAUUGAAAAGGGCUAUGCAUCGAGUGACAGAUAUUUUGAAGAAAGAAGAAGAAUCUAAAUCAGGUUAUUGUAUAUGUUGUCUUAUUAUUAUUCUUAUUAUUUUACUUGUACUUGUUAUUAUUAUUUAAUAAACAAACGUUCCAUUUUUUUUAUUUUA